AUGACCGAAAAGGCUAAACAGAACCGUAGACCUUGGCACAGUCUGCCGUUGGACGGCUGUUUUGCCGAGAUUGGUGCAUCCACUGAAGGGCUGACGGUAUUGGAAGCUGCAGCGCGUCUAGAAGCGCAUGGACCAAACCUUGUACAGGCAGAGCGCCAGCCCAGUCCGGUUAGACGCUUUUUCCGACAGUUCAACAAUGUUCUGCUUUAUGUGCUGAUCGUGGCUGCGCUGCUCACAGCCCUGCUGGAUCAUUGGCUCGAUACCGCGGUGAUUGUCGCGGCGGUGUUCGUCAAUGCCAUCGUCGGUUUUGUACAGGAGGGCAGGGCGGAGCAAGCCAUUCGUGCCAUUCGCCAGAUGCUGAGCACAAAGGUUUCCGUUAAACGGGCUGGCAGUUUUGUCGAAAUCGAUGCUCAAAAGCUGGUUCCCGGAGAUGUCAUUACCCUGCAGGCGGGCGACCGUGUGCCGGCUGAUGCGCGGAUUUUCGAUAGCCGAAAUGUGGAGGUUGACCAGUCAGUGCUGACGGGUGAAUCGGUAGCCGUGGACAAACAUGACGCCGAUCUGGCGACGCAGGUGGACAUGCAGGACCGUAGCAACAUGGUUUAUGCCGGCACAUUGAUGACGCGUGGUUCGACAAACGCUCUGGUGCUUGCCACCGGGGCCGAAACUGAAAUGGGCCUUAUUUCCGGAGCGUUACAAACCAUCGAGUCUCUCUCGACGCCAUUGCUCGAUAAAAUUUCGCUGUUUUCGCGGCGGAUGUCGCUGUUAAUUCUGGUUAUCUCUGGUGGCGUUGCGUUGUUCGGCGCGUACAUGCACGGCUAUGCCCUGGCGGAGAUGCUCAUCGCAGCGGUAAGCAUUGCGGUUGCUGCAAUUCCUGAGGGGCUGCCGGCAGUCAUUACCAUCACGCUUGCCAUCGGUGUGCGUAAGAUGGCGCGGUGUAAUGCCAUCGUGCGCCGCCUGCCAGCGGUGGAAACCCUGGGGGAGGUCGAUGUCAUCUGUACUGACAAGACCGGUACGCUGACAGCCAACGAAAUGACCGUACGUGUGGUACUCACGGCAGCAGGGAAACAUAUCGUCAGCGGAGUCGGCUAUAGCGAGCCAGGAGAGAUCAGCGCGGACAAUGGUGAGCGCGCGUCUGCCCUGAUUGCGGAAUUAGCAACCGCCGGGGUCUGCUGCAAUGACGCUCGCGUGGAUGUUGAUGCCCACGACGACAGCGUAGUGGGUGAUCCCAUGGAAGCGGCACUGAUUGUGUUGGCGCGUAAAGCAGGGAUCGACAGCGAAGCAACCCAGGAUGCUCUGCCCCGCAUCGACUUGAUACCGUUUGAAUCUGAACAGCGCUUCAUGGCGACCCUGCACCGCACUGCUGAUGAUGGCGGUGUGCUGUAUGUCAAAGGCGCACCGGAAACGGUGCUUACAUUCUGUGUGUCCGAGUUAACUGUUGAUGGGUCCCAGCCCAUCUCGAUGGAGCGUUGGCACACGGGUGUUUCUGAUCUGGCCUGCAGUGGCCAUCGGGUGCUUGCGCUGGCGCGGUACGAGUUGGCCCAAGCAUCCACCAGUAUUGAAGAUCUGGGCUGGCAGGGUAAGUUGCAGCUGCUGGGUGUGAUCGGCGUCGUUGACCCGCCACGUGCGGAGGUUGCUGAGGCUUUAAUCCGCUGCCGGGGUGCUGGUAUCGAAGUCAAGAUGAUUACUGGUGAUCAUGUAGAAACCGCCUUGGCCAUCGGCGGCGAUUUGCAACUGGCGGAGAACCUGACGGUGAUCAGUGGCGAUGCGCUUGAUGGCAUGAGUCCGUCCGCUCUGGAUCAGGCGGCGGUGGACAACCACAUCUUUGCGCGCACCAGUCCGAUGCACAAGCUGUUGCUGGUACAGAGCCUGCAGAAACAAGGGCACAUCGUGGCCAUGACGGGUGAUGGGGUAAACGAUGCUCCGGCGCUUAAACGUGCCAAUGUGGGUGUGGCGAUGGGGCGUAAAGGUACCCAGGCCGCGCGCGAUGCGGCACAUAUGGUGCUGGCGGAUGACAAUUUUGCCUCCAUUGUCGGUGCCGUUGAGGCCGGCCGCAUUAUUUACGACAACAUACGCAAAAGUGUGGUGUUCCUGUUGCCGACCAGCGUUGCCGAAGCGCUGGUCAUUGCUAUCGCGCUGAUAUUUGGUUUGCAGCUGCCCAUGACCCCGGCGCAGAUCUUAUGGAUUAACAUGAUCACUGCGGUCACGUUGGGUGUUGCGCUGGCUUUCGAGCCUGGUGAGGGAUCUGUCAUGCAGCGCCCGCCGGUUCCCUCGCGUGAAUCGCUGAUGAGUCCGAUGGUGUUGUGGCGUACUGCGUUUGUCAGCCUGUUGAUGUUUUCAGGCAUCAUGCUUGUGUUCACCCUGGUAUCUACUGACCACUCUGUGGAAUACGCGCGCACGGUUAGCGUGAACACCCUGGUACUGUUUGAGAUCGUCUACCUUCUGAAUGUAAGGCACCUGCAGUACUCGUCGAUGAGUAUGUCCGGCUUGCUGGGCAACCCGGUAUUGUUUGGCGUCAUUGGCGUGGUGAUAUUUCUGCAGUUGUUGUUUACCUUCACGGCACCCUUUCAACUCCUGUUUGAAUCCAGAACGCUGGAUGUGCAGACCUGGGCCCUUAUCGGGCUUGCCGGGGCAGUGUCGGCGACGUUCACCCGGGACGGCUCGCUCAACAUCGCUGAGGUGGCGUUAGACCGGCAAAUCGCUGCAGGACAUGGCAACGAUGUGGCGAUCAAAUUUCUGCGUAAAAAUGGCAGCGCCGAAUCUAUCUCUUAUGCUGAAUUGACAGCCGCGACGGCGUGCUUCGCCAGUGCGCUGGAUGCGCAUGACGUUGCGCGUGGUGGUCGGGUGUUCAGCUUGCUGGGGCGAGUUCCGGAACUGUAUGUGACCGCACUCGGCACGCUGCGCCGCGGUGCUGUGUUUACCCCUUUGUUUUCCGCGUUUGGUCCGGAGCCGAUUCGCACCCGAAUGGAAAUUGGCAGCGCUGACGUGCUGGUGACCACCGCAUCAUUGUUUCGCCGCAAAGUCGCGUCGUGGUUUAAGCAGCUCGACAGCUUGAAACACGUCAUCAUUAUUGAUGGCGAACCUGAUGAUGCCCCCGCUGGUACCCUGCAUUACAGCACCUUCAUGGAUGCCGGCGUGCUGGACUAUCCGGCAGUGGCCACUGCGCCAGAUGACCUGGCUCUGAUUCAUUUCACCAGCGGCACCACAGGCAGACCCAAAGGUGUUAUGCAUGUGCAUGAAGCGGUUGUCGGGCACCAUGUCUCAGCGGCUGCGGCCUUAGAUAUGCAUCAGGGUGACAGGUACUGGUGUACGGCAGAUCCGGGUUGGGUAACAGGUACGUCCUACGGCAUCAUUGCGCCACUGACCCAUGGCGUGCAUCUGCUUGUUGAUGAAGCGGAAUUUGAUCCACGGCGCUGGUAUCAGAUACUCGCUGAGGAGCGGGUGAAUGUCUGGUACACAGCACCCACCGCGAUCCGCAUGCUGAUGAAAGCAGGUCUGGAGCUGACCCGUGAACACCAAUUUCCGGAUCUCCGUUUUAUGGCCAGUGUCGGUGAGCCGCUUAAUCCUUCCGCAGUACUCUGGGGGCAGGAAGCGUUCGGCCAGCCGUUUCACGACAACUGGUGGCAGACGGAAACCGGCUGCAUCAUGAUUGCUAACUGCCCGGGGGAAGAAGUAAAACCGGGCGCAAUGGGUAAGGUGCUGCCGGGUGUGGAAGCUGCGGUUGUCGCGCAAAACGCUCCGAGCGAACAGCUGGGCACCGAUCAAGUUGGAGAACUUGUGCUGCGCAAAGGCUGGCCGUCAAUGAUGCGCGGUUACAUAAAUGAGAUGCAGCGUUACGAACGCUGUUUCUCGGGUGAUUGGUAUCAAACCGGGGAUCUGGUUAAACGUGACGUGGACGGGUAUUUCUGGUUCAUCAGUCGCGCUGACGACGUCAUUCAGUCCGCCGGUCAUUUGAUCAGCCCGUUUGAAGUGGAAAGCACAUUGCUGGCCCAUGCUGCGAUAGCGGAAGCUGCGGUGAUCGGAUUGCCGGACGAAACCAUGGGUGAGGCGGUGGCGGCAUUCGUGGCGGUCAAUCCCGGUUACCAGUGGGAUGAAACCCUGCAGCGAGAAGUCAUGGCCCACGCGCGUAAACGCCUGGGUCCAUCAGUGGCACCGCGCAGCAUCGAGUGUUUACCCGAGCUGCCGCGCACCCGUAGCGGCAAGAUCAUGUUUGAAGAUAAGUGCGCAGAACUCUAUAGCCAGGAAAAGAUUCGCGGCUUUCUCCAUUUAUACGAUGGUGAGGAAGCGGUGGCGGUUGGCAUCAUCCCGAAUCUCGAAGCACGCGACGCGGUUGUCGCAACCUAUCGCGAACACGGACAUGCCCUGGUACGCGGUGUGUCGAUGACUUCGAUUCUGGCUGAAAUGCUCGGCAAACAAACCGGCUGCAGCCGCGGUCGCGGCGGCUCAAUGCAUUUGUUUGAUCGCGCCACGCGGUUCUAUGGUGGCAAUGCCAUUGUAGGCGGUGGCCUGCCCAUGGCCGUGGGUCUCGCGCUGGCCGCAAAGAUGGCCGGGCGUGACGAGGUGGUGGUGUGUUUCUUCGGCGAAGGUGCGGUUGCAGAAGGAGAGUUUCACGAAAGCCUCAACCUGGCACAACUGUGGCAGCUGCCGGUGUUGUUUGUCUGCGAAAACAAUGGUUACGCCAUGGGCACGGCGUUAUCACGGUCUGAAUCUGAGAUUGACCUGGUGAAGAAGGCCGAGAGUUACGACGUGUCUGCCCAGAGUGUGGAUGGCAUGGAUGUCAUUGCCGUGACGUUGGCUGCACGUGCCGCUGUGGCUCAAGUACGAGCAGGUCAGGGGCCGGUGUUUUUAGAGUGCAAAACCUACCGUUUCCGCGCCCAUUCCAUGUUUGAUGCACAAAAGUAUCGUGACAAAGCCGAGGUGGAAGAGUGGCGCCAGCGGGGCCCGAUAGUGCGUUUUCAGAACUGGCUGAUGGAUUCACAUGUUAUCCAUCAAAGCGACAUCGAUGAGAUUGAGGCGCGCGUGAUGGCAGAGAUUGACAGCGCAACAGCCGCUGCGGAAGAGGCCCCGUUCGAGUCGGUUGAUCAAUUGUAUGAACACGUUUACGGGGUUGGUAUGUGUGCUGCUAUGCGGGCUGAUGAGCGCGUGUUUCUCAUGGGUGAAGACGUCGGCCGCUACGGCGGAUGUUAUGGCGUCAGCGCAGGCAUGUUGGAGGAGUUUGGAGAUGAGCGGGUACGCGAUACCCCGCUGGCGGAGUCUGGUUUCACCGGUGCCGGCAUCGGUGCCGCCAUGGGCGGCAUGCGCCCCAUUGUUGAGCUGAUGACGGUUAACUUCAGUCUGUUAGCUCUGGAUCAGAUCAUGAACACGGCGGCGACCGUGCGGCACAUGUCCGGCGGGCAGUUUGGUGUGCCCAUCGUUAUUCGCAUGGCCACCGGUGCGGGUAAACAACUGGCGGCUCAACAUUCCCAUAGCCUGGAAGGUUGGUAUGCACACAUCCCGGGUCUGAAAGUGGUUGCGCCUGCCACCGUUGAAGAUGCGCAGGGUAUGCUGCAGGCAGCCCUGGAUGAUCCCGAUCCGGUGCUGAUUUUUGAAAAUGUCAUGUUGUACAACACAAAAGGUGAGGUAGGUGAUCCGUCGGCUGUACAGCUGGAAGGAGCGGCAGUUCGUCGUCCUGGCGCCGACCUCAGCUUGCUGACCUACGGCGGCUCGCUGUUCAAGGCUCUGGCUGCAGCGGAGCAACUGUCCGGGCAGGGACUGGAUGUGGAAGUGAUCGAUCUGCGCUGUCUGCGCCCGCUGGAUGAUGCAACCAUCAUGGCGUCGGUGAGUAAAACCCGGCGUGCCCUGAUUGUUGAUGAAGGCUGGCGUUCGGGCAGUCUGGCUGCGGAAGUUUCGGCGCGCAUCAUGGAGCAGGCAUUCUGGUCUCUGGACGCGCCGGUAGAGCGUGUGUGCAGUGCAGAGGUGCCUAUUCCUUACGCCAAACAUAUGGAAGCGGCCAGCAUUCCCCAGGUUGAGACCAUCGUCGCAAAAGCUCGUGCGAUGUGUAUGUCCGCAUGA